AUGUACGAAUUGAGACAGAAUAAUGACACAAGGCCGGUAGUUUACCUAGACGAAACAUGGGUAAACCUUAACCAUACGCAAGGUUAUAUAUGGCAAAAUCCAGAAAACACCGAAGGACUCAAAGUACCAAUUGGAAAGGGUUCUCGACUCAUUGUAUGCUACGCUGGUUCACCUUCAUUUGGAUUUGUGAACAAUUCAAAAUUGGUCUUUCGAUGUAAAUCGGGUAGUACGGAAGACUAUCAUUCGCAAAUGAACGCGGACAUUUUUGAAAAAUGGUUUGUUGAAAUGUUGGCCAGUUUAGAAGAACCGUCUGUUGUGGUAAUGGACAAUGCUUCCUACCAUUCUGUGAUAGCCGAAGAUUAUCCUAGAGCAAACGCGCGAAAGGCAGAUAUUCAAAAAUGGCUUGAAAAAAAAUUCAUUUCAUAUUCACCGAGAAAUAAAUAUAAGCUUGAUGAAGUCGCGUUACAAAUGGGUCAUGAAGUGGUAAGACUUCCACCUUACCAAUGUCAGUACAACCCAAUUGAGCUGAUUUGGGCGCAAGUCAAGGGUGAAGUCGCCAAAAAAUACAGCACUUUCAAAAUAAGAGAUGUUGAAGUGUUGGUAAAUAAUGCCUUAGAUGAGAUAACUAAAGAGACUUGGAAAAAGUGUGGCGAACAUUGCAAUAAACUCCAAGAUGCAGAUUUCAUAAAGGAAGGGUUAAGGGAUGAAAUAUUAGAGCCCAUCAUACUUACAAUAAAUCCUGAUGACAGUUCGACUGAUGAAGACGAAAACGACGAUGACGAAUUACCUUAUUAA